AUUAUUUGCUCUCCGUGUCCCUCCCUUUCCUCCCUCCAUCAUUUGGGCGUUACGCGAUGACUAUAAAGUGUUGAAUAAACUUUCAGUCAGCCUCCGUCUCGCUCCACUGAAGUACUGCACAGUUUCUGCCUCUUCGUGACCUGCACUCAUUUCUACAACCAUGACUGACUUGGAGAAGUCCAUGGAGUCCAUGAUAACCGUGUUCAAUAAGUAUGCCCAUGAUGGCAAAAAUGGAAAAGCCUUAACCAAGAAAGAACUGAGAAAACUAAUUGAGACCGAGUUACCCAACUUCCUGAAAAGCCAGAAAAAUCCCAACACCGUGGACCAUAUUAUGAAAGAUCUGGACCAAAACAAAGAUGAUGAGUUGGACUUUGAAGAAUUUAUGCCAUUCAUCGCCGGCCUCACAAUGGCCUGUGAGAAGUACUGCUCCAUGAGUGCCAAAAAGAAGUGAAAGAAGUGAUGUGCAAAACACUUUAAGGGAAAAUAAUGCUUGGGUAUUUUUUUAACAGAUAAAGUUGAUUGUGUUGCAAUUUUGUGUCAGAUUUACAAGUAAAAACUGCUUUUGAAAAAA